AUGGCCAAUGGGUACCAGCUAUGGGCACCCUGGUCCCCACUGGAUGAGUCCCUGCAGUGGCUGCGGGGGGCCGUGCCCAGGCCCAGCAGCACGAAGCACCCUUUCCGGGCCGGACAGAGGCCCGCCACAGCCACUGACCUGGAGGUGCAGCUUUGCUUCCAGGGGCUCAGCCUGGUGCUGGAUCCCGGCGUGAAGACUGUCACCAGGCAGCCACAAGUCCCUGGAGUGUCCCGAGAGACCAGGGGGUGUGGCGGGGCCGUGCACAAGCCCCAGGCCAUCAGGCUGACCGGGCUCGACUCAGUCUUCGGGCACCUGGUGACGGCACAGCCCCCGCACUGGACCGGCACCCUGCGGGUGUCAGAGCGCUCAGCAUUCUGCCAAGUCAUAAGCCCCCAGGGGUGCAGGCCGAACGGGCUCCGGGAACCCCAAGUGCGCACAGCCAUGGCCAUGUGCCGCCAGAUGCUACGGGCCAUCCUGAUGCUUUAUGCCGCCUACAAGAAGUGCGCCUUUGCCCUGCAACAUUCCCGCUGA